AUGGGAGGGAGGCUCUUGUGCCGCCUUCUCAGUGACGAGUCCAGGACGUCCCUGCUGACCGGAUCGGUCCACAUUCCAAGCAAGGCAUCCCAGGGAGGAUGUGCAAUGCCUUCGGUACUUGAGCUUCCGCACAAUGACAACUCAGCUGUGCCCUUGCGCGGAGCACGUUCCAGGGUGCUUGCUGAUGGGCCCAAGCAGUGGGGGUGUCUCCACACUGCUGUGGGGGGAGGCAGCGGCACCAGCAGCCAGGAUACAAUGCCCCACAGCGAGAUGACCCAUUCGAUCAAAAGCCAGCCCAAUGUUGUCAAGGACGUCUUGUUGUUAAUGGAAAAGAUGGCACAACUUGCAGAUGCCUCACUGGGUACCUCUGAUGCAUCCCGCUUGAAGGAUAUGUGUGCUCAGUCUCUCCCUGCCCUGCGUGAUUUGUUAGAAAUUAGAAAAGCUGACCUCCUGCCGAAGGAGGUGGCAAGGCUAAUCAUCAUUUUCAGCAAGUUGAACUUCUCAGAUGAACUUAAGAUAUGGAUUUUGGAGGAGCAUGGUUGGACGUUGGUUUUUUUGAUGGAGAAGUUUGUGGAUCAGAUGUCUGAACUGCAUUGCAGAGACGUGGGUGAUGUUGUGUUUGCUUUGGGAAGGUAUGGGCUCCAGGUUCGCAAGGCCCUUGGCCCUAAGGGGCACAUCGAUUCCCUGUUGACCAAGGUCCUGGAAUAUACAAAGGCUCUUGCAAGGGAUAUGACAGCUGAUGACUUGUCCAAGGUCAUCAGUGGCAUUGCAAACACGAAAUAUCGCGACGAAGCUUACUUGCUGGCCAUGGCAGACCAUUGUCGUGCAAGACUGAACGAGUUCCGACUUGAACACCUCGCACGGGUGAUCUGGGGGCUUGCUCGUCUAGAAGUGGUGUACUCCGACUGCAGGCCCUUUUUGGAUGCAGUGGUGCCCCUGAUAUUGGAGAGAAGGUCUGAGUGCCUCCUCCCCGAAUACGUGUCUGACUUUGUUUGGGCCGCACACAAGAUGAAGUGGGAGGGCAUCGAUGACAUGUUGAGCGUGAUGUGCAAGAUGGCGGACAAGGCAAUGGAUGCAUUCAAGGGAGAGCAAUUUGCCCCCUUGCUUCUUGGAUUGCAGAAGCUCCGGUACUAUCCUGGGGAUGGCUUCCUACGACGGGCCUUGGGCGCUUGUGCUCUGCAGCUGCCCGCAUUCACGCCAGCCAUGUUGACCACAUGUCUGGUUGCUGUGGCUGAUUUCGGAUUCCAUCACCAGCAGUUUGUAGAUGCAGCUCGCAGCUAUUGCUUGAUGCUGGACAAGCCGUUGGAGACAAAGCACUUCUUUGACAUAUCAUGGUCGUUUGCAAUUCUGAGCUGCAUCGACACAGACAUGUUCAAAUGGAUGGCUGAACAAGUUGGAAACUUGAGCAAGCACCACUUGGACGACAUGCACCGGCGGCAAUUCUAUCAGUGUUUGCUGGACGUCCACAUUUUGCACCCAAGAAUAGCUGAAAGCAUUCGAUUGAGUCCUGAAUUUGAAGAGGACUGCCAAAGAAGCUGGAGUGAAAGCCUGCGGUGGCGAAAGCACACUGCACAGCCUGUGUUUGACGCAUGCUCCAUGGUGAGGAAGAUGGGGUUCACCUGCACACGUAGUGAACUCAUAUUUGGCAAGAGGUUUGCAAUCAAUGCGGUGAGGCACAGGGGACUGGAGCAAAGAUUUGCUUUAGAGUUGGACGUCACCUUCCGCAACGCUCCAAACAGGCUCUUGGGCCCGCAAAUUUGGAGGCGUCGUGUGUUGAGGGCAUUGGGUUGGGGUAUUUUGGACCUCAGCCAGUGGAAGUGGGCGAUGAUGUCAAGGAAAGAUAGGGACUUAUAUCUGCAGAAGAAAAUACUGCAUUUAUUGUCAGAAAAGAAGCAUGGGUUUGCUGGAAUUGGCAACAAACCUGCAGGGUGUUCGUUGAGGAUUGGCGACUCUUGCCAAUCUGUGCAAGAGUAUAGUAGAAAGGUGCAUCACAGUGAGCGUGGUAGCGAACGUUUUGGGCUUCCUCGAGGUCUCGAACAGGGGUAG